AUGGCUCAAAAAUUAAUUGUUUUUACUAUCCAUUUAGGUGUGAUAGGCUUCCUCUCAUUUUGGAAUGUCAAACUCGACCCGAUCUCAAUGAUUACUCUAAUCCUUGCAAUCGGAUUUUCAAUAGAAUUCAGUGCCCACGUAACCUAUGGAUUUGUUAGCGGCCCUGCUGAUUUAAACCCACGAGAACGUUGUAUUGAUACUCUAGAAAAAUUGGCUUGGCCGAUGGUUCACGGCUCUAUUUCUACAAUUCUUGGUGUUUUAGUACUAGCUUUCAUCGAUUCCUAUAUGGUCAGAGUCUUCUUCAAAACAAUAUUUCUCGUUUUGGUUAUCGGUGUGUUCCACGCCCUCGUUAUUUUGCCUAUACUUUUGCAUGAUACUGUCCCCUAUGGAGAAAAGCUUGCUUCGAAAAUAUAUGGAAAUAAACAGAGCAUUAAAAAUUCUUCUAACGGAGAGGAAAUUGAACAGAAAAAUAAAAAUUUAAAAAUUGUUAGGGUUAAUUAA